UCAAGUCUGUAGGUUUUAUGUGCUAAACGCAUCGGAACCAUGCAGUUGCGCAUGUAGAAACUAGGAAAACUCAGAAAAUGAAUGGCUGCAAAGCCCGAUAUCUGAUAUUUUUCCAGUACCUCGGUACGAAAUAUAGUGGCGUAGUAAAGGCGCCUCCAGACCAGCCGGUGAAGGGGAUUCAAAAUUAUUUGGAGGAUGCAGUGCGGAAACUGAAGCCGGUGAAUGAGGUGGCUGUGUACAUCUCCAGCCGGACCGACGCGGGGGUCCACGCCCUCUGCAACUCGGCACAUGUGGACAUUCAGCGGAGGACUGGUAUGCCCCCCUUCACAGGAGAGGUCCUGGCCGAGGCGCUCAACUUUCAGUUGAGGCCAGAGGCUAUUAGAAUCGUCGGGGCUCACCGCGUGGCCGACACCUUCCACGCCCAGCGCCGCGCCGUGGCGAGAACGUACGUCUAUCGCCUGGCGACGGGCGCCAGCCGCCAGGCCCCACUGCCUCUGAUGGAGAGGAACCUCUGCUGGCCCCUACGAGACUCUGAACUGAACAUCGGUGCCAUGCAGGAGGCUGGCACCCUGCUGCUUGGGAGACAUGACUUCAGCACCUUCAGGGCCCUCAGCUCCGACGCCCCCUUCCAGGAUCCGGUGAAGACCCUACUGCAUGCCAGCAUUGAACCUGGGCGAGAGUCCUUUGCCCAGCACCACUUCCACAGGAAUCUGCAGUUCUGGGAGGUCACUUUCAGAUGCCGGUCAUUUUUGUAUAAACAGGUGCGGAGGAUGACAGGAGCGUUGGUGGCCGUUGGCCGGGGAAAGCUGUCCCUCUCUCAGCUGCAGGAGUUACUCGAGGCCCGGGACUCACUGGCUUACCCCACAAGCAUGCUCGCCCCACCCGACGGCCUCUUCCUUACCAGGGUGGAGUACGAAGAGCAAGAUCUGCUCCAUCAUAGACAGGACUGGCUCACUGAAUCCUGAACCAGAUGAAGCAAAACUGUUUCUCCAGCCUUGUGGAUGCUCUGUGAAAGUCAGCAUUGUAUAUAUUUGUGAUUUUGUUUUUUGUUAUUUUGUA